AUGGUUAUCAGUAAAGUGUUUGUUACUAGGCUCUUUGGGAAGCAUUGUCGUUCCAGUAGUUGGCCUGUUGCAUAUGAGUUUAUUGUGGAUCGUUUACGAGCAGUUCGUCAAGAUAUGAUUAUCCAGAACACGAAUUCUAAAGAGCGUUUGCUGCUGCUGGAAGCUAUGAUUCCAUUCUACAUUGAAUCGCAGUACAGGUGUGAAACUUCAGGUUGUCACACUUAUUGUCGAAAACUUCACUAUGAGCAAACAAAGGAGUGCUUUCUCCAGUGGAAAGAAUGCACUGAUGGGAAAAAUCAAACGAUCUUGGCGUGCUAUUUCUUAUACAAUGCUAUGCAGCCUUGGUCAAUUCAUCAGUUAUAUGAUUACAAAAAAAAUUUUCCAGCGACGCUCUUUAUUCAUUUGAAAGAGCUUAUUCUUGCUUUUAAAAUGGCAAACGUCGUUCGAUAUUUCCGAAUAUUAGCAGACUUGAACGGGAUUCUUUUGAAGUAUGCCGGUCUUUUACUUGUUUCACAAUUACGCUUUAACAUCCUUUCUAUUUAUUUUUCCGCUUACAAGUGUAAGGGGCUGGUCUUGCCGUUUGAUUAUUUAAUUCGAGUAUUAAAAUUGGAUAUGAGUUCACUAAAGAAGUGUCUUUCUCAAAUGAAUGUGGGUAUGUCUGAUGUUGGCUGUUACUGUUCCGGAAUAAACGGCGAGAGGAUUGUGGAUGUUAGUCAAACGCACUGGUGUGUGAUAGAAAUAGACUAUUUAUCUAAAAUAAUGGAUGAAUUACGUUGA